GUUUUGUCUCUUAUCUACUCCUUUUCUGAAGAAAACUGGACAGAAAAGACAAACCCCACCAAAUAAGAAGAAAAAAAAGGAGAGUGUUCUGCUCAUUCUCUGUACCAUACCAACUCUUGAAUAGAAAGCAAUACUUCAAAUAAAUUUCAUCUUUCUCCGCUUCAAAAAGAGCGAAUAUUAUAGCGAGAGUACUUUCAUUUUAUAUAUAGUCGAUCUUCUGAGUAUUGAGUUUGCCCUUUGAGGGAGAGAAAAGAUGAUUAAUUCCCUAUGCGGAAGCAUGGGUUCCGGCCUCAAGAGUGAAGACUCAAGCACCACACCCCAACCAACUUCUCCUGAUCAUGAAUCAUUUUCAGAAUCUAAGAAAACUACUACUACUACUACAGCUCCACACUCGGAUCUGGAACACAAUAGUCUAACCCCACCAAGCCUCAACUUCCCAACCCUCAAAUUUGACUUGGAUGGAGAUGUUGAAGUCCAAUCGCCAGAUAGUUCUCUUUGGGAAUCAUUUUUCGCUGAUCAGUUGGAUGGCGAUUUUACGAUUUCAUCCCCAGUGAGGAACUUGCCAUCACCACAAAAUUCAGCUUACAAUUACAACCACUACUACGCUCAGGCAAUGCAGGUGCAGAGUCUCUCAGGGUACUCUCCUCCUCGCUUCUCGUCCCAGAUGGGACCUUUCAGCAGCAGCCAAAAAGGAAAGGGACUAAGCCCACUCCAGAGGGUCUUUAACUCGCCAAAGAAUCAGUAUACGAAACCAGACACCCUUUCACUGUCAACCAUUGAGGACUUUUUAGAUGAUUAUCAAAGAGAGGAGUUUGGAUCGUACCCGACGACAAAGGUACUGUCCGGUAUUGGAAGCUCGUCUCGGUGUUUCGAUAUGCCAACCGUGGUUCCCGCAGUGGACGGCUUGACAAUGGCCAAUUCUUCCAGGUUUUGCGGUUCAGCGAAUGAAACAUCGACUCCUGGAGGUUCUCAACUGACCCAAGAGAGGGAUAUUUAUCAAAUAGGCUCUAUUGCGGGUGCACCAUUAUCACAACAGCUGCAACAUGCGCAGCAAGAGAAGCAACUGCAGCAAAAGCAGUCACAACCACGAACACAGGAACAACACCAACAGAAUCUUAACCAUAAUAACCUGAUAGUGCCUCUUCCGAUUGACACUGAGCAGGUGAUCAAUAUGUCUUAUCUACUGAAGAGAAACUUGUUUUUUCCUCUUGAAUUUUGUAGCACGCAUGGAUUAAAGGUGAAAAGGCUCGGAAUGAGGGAUGCCAAGAUCAGUGAGAAGUUGCUUCAGCCAGGUGAGCUCACAGGUGGUGACAGCCAUGGCGCGAUAUUCGGCUUCAGCAGAAGAGCGAGCAACGGUGGUCUAGGAAGAGAAAAAAAUGCCUUGACCGGGACUUCCUUUGAGGUAGCGAAGAACACGUGUAGCAGCAGUCAUAUGAGGAACACGAGGAGCGUGCAUAAACUGACUGAGAAUGUUGACAGCAUAAACAAUAUCGGGUCGGGUGAUGGUCAAGUAAAUGAGACGACCAACCAGACGACGAUAAAUGCUAGGAUCAGGAAGAAGAGAGCCAUCUUCAUUGGAAAGCUUCAAAUGUUGUUCCAUUGGGAAAGAGGCAGUUCGAGCACCAAGUUGACCACUAUCAGAAAGGAUAUCAAGGGCAUAUUUUCGCUGAUUCAGAAAAAUACCGACAGAAGAACGUGCAACUUCGAGACCAAGAAAAAACUUGAGAGAGCCAAGAUCCUUGGUUUUGAAGUGAGUGGAGAGGAGAGUCUUAAAAAACUCAAUUUGGGAAAGAGCAUUACCAGCAACGAGGAUGUCAUCAACAUAUACAAGAACGAUAGUGAUGCUAGUAGAAGUGACAAGACGGACAGUGGUCAUUUUGGCAACCGGAGCAAAAGUCUCAUGAUAGUCAAGACCUUCAACUUGAGUGUAGCCCUUGGCAACCAGUCGGGCUUUGUACCGCUCAAUGGAGCCAUCAGCUUUGAGUUUGGUUUUGAAAACCCAUUUACAUCCAAUAGGUUUCUUACCAAGUGGAAGAGAAGAAAGGGUCCGUUUGAGUUGAUAAAUCCGGGCAUUAUUGCCAUGGCAAAAACGGGAGGAAAGAUCAACCCAAACAUCACGUGGGUCCGUAUGGUAUUCGAGGGAAUUGGCGAGAGAGGGACUGAUCGAAUUGAGAAUCCAGGUAAGGACCAUAUCCUUUGUCUGGUUCCAUUGGGUGUAUUCGGGUGUGUUAGGAGCAGGGGGUUUGAGAGUGCCAUCAACAAAACUAAGUUUGUUUUUGGCAUUGAGGGCUCGGGUCAUGGCUUUUUGCCAUUUGGGAAAGCUGUACGGAAGUGGAGGAAGCUAAUGGAAGGGAAGGGGUUCAAAGGAGUGCCACUGAGUGCCAACGCGGUGACAAAGUCGAAGAUAUUGCUGGGUUUGUAUUCUUGUGAUGGGUAUAGGCUGACUGAGGACAUGGGUUGUUUGCUCUUGGGGUGGCAAGAUAGGUCCCUUAAUGCAGCUUCUGCAUGGCGAUGCUGAUCAUCAUCUUCGGCUUCUACGUACAUGCAUGCAUCAUAUGUCUUUUGAAGCUUUAAUUGUUAAAAUAUUUGGUGUUUAAGAUCAGUUUCUUUAAUAUUUAUCCAUGUAACCGGCCAAGCCAAAUUAAGGAAGAAAAUAAGAAAUGUGCCGAAGAAAAAAACCGGGGGGCGGGGUACCAGGGAUAUGUACGUAGAAAAU